AUGUCUAUUCAUCAACUUCAGAUAUUAAUAGUCAUUUUAUAUCUCAUAAUUGUUGGAUCUAUCUAUGCAGUUAAGCUCAUCAAACCACUUAACGAGUUGCUACAUUAUGGAAAAACCUCCACAGUAAAUGGUCUGGAAUCGAGUUCUAUAUUCAAUCAAAUGAUUGACUUCAUAUCGAAUAAUUUAGUAGUCCCCAAGUCAUGGUUUACCCAUUUCUAUGUAACGUUGUUCACAUUAUCAUCACUAACGUUUUUCAGUACCUUUCAACAAUCAGAAAUAGAUACUUCAGAUCCAGUCAAGUUUAAGAAUUUAAUGUUGAUUCAUAGGCUAUUGUGGGUUCAAGGAUUAAGAAGACUUACAGAAUGCCUAAUAGUUACCAAGUUUUCUGAAAAUUCCAAAAUGAAUAUUUCUCACUACUUUGUUGGGUUAAGCCACUAUAUAUUGAUUUCACUGGCGACGUAUUUAGGGUUAUUGAGAUAUGGGUCUCACAAAGUUGUUCGUUAUACUACUUUUGACGACCUCUUGAUUGUUUCAUUUGGCGUAUUAUCAUUAUUACAGUUUUCCGCACAUUAUCAUUUGGCUUCUUUGGUGAAAUACACGGUGCCUAACUUUAACAAUGUUGCUUCCCCACAUUACUUGUAUGAAAUACUAAUCUAUACAGUUUUUCUUAUCUUUUCAGUCAAGGAUAGUAUAGAUACAACAAGUUGGACAUUUGCUGCAGGAUGGUUGUUUGUUACUAGUAAUUUGACAAUAUCAUCAAUUGAAACUUUCCGCUAUUACCAAGACAAAUUCAAAGAAGAUUUUAAAUUGAAGUGGGCAAUAAUGCCAGGAAUAUUGUAA